AUGCUCUCAGUCGCUGUCGCUGGGUCGUCCUCGGCGGUGCAAUCCUUCGCAGCACCAAUACUUCUCUUGACAGCUCUUGACCUCUCAACCUUCAACAACAACCAACAUCUACAAGUGACUCCCUCGCUCGCAUCAGAUCCAGCUCAGUCCAGUUUUCUCGCCCUCCGAUUGAUUUUCCCCGUCCCCAUGGCCCUACAGUUAAGGGAGAAAUCGAAAGCUACUCCAGCCAAACCCGAAUCAUCAAAAACUGACGAUGAACGCGAGCUCUUUGUGGAAAUCCACUCCGAACACGUGAAACCAGACGAUCUUUGGAAAAACCUUCUUGACACUGCUGGACUGGAAAAGGUGCACGAGCACACCGACCAACUAGCCAGUGUGUUUGACUUUGUGAACCUGGCCACGGCACGCCGCGCAAUUGUUGCCUUGCGCUGGAGCGAUUUUACCGCAGGGGAAACGGGAUCCUGGAAAUUGCUCCAAAAGGAGCUUGGAAUAAACGAAAAAGACCAUGUCGAUAGGACGGAGACACUGAUCCGGCGUGCCUACUUUGUCCGAUUCCCCGAGCGCGACGCUUCUGUAUUGACUGAUCAAGAGAUGCUUGUUGCACUGGGGUUUCCCAGCGCCGCCGAACAGAUAGUUGCGACACCACAGAUCAACUGGUCGACCGAAAUCGUCCAGCAAGGGUUCGACGCAGAAUAUCAGGGACACGAUCUUAUUGUUAUCCCAACCCUAGAAACUCUACAACUUUAUGCAGAAAUCCACUGGCCAGCCCCCUCGUUCCAACCUUGCUACACACUUUACCCCAGUGAAACCAAUACCGAACAUGAUUCAGCACUAUUCCUACCUAAUCAUCGCAAUUCUCAAGGCGGUGUAUGA